CCCAAGCAGUUGCGCUGUGGAACCAACAUCUGGAGAGCGGGUUCGUUACGAAUUUGAAACAACCCGCCUCCUCCUGCUGCAGCGGCACAUAUUACACGAUUUAGAUCGUAAUCAGAUCGCUCUCUCCGAACUCUUGUCAUUCGACUAUUUUUAUCCCAUCGGAUCUGUCAGUGUGCCGGAAACAGUGCGAGCUUGUAACCCGAGCCACGGCCGUUCAGACCCGGCUACAUGCAAACAGCAGCUCAGCAACAGCUGGAUGGGGGCUGGAAACAUCUGCAGCGUCUGUUCCGGAGUGCGUAAAAUGAAGCAGCAGCUGAAUGGCUCUCCGCCGCCUGUCCUCCUGGAUGAAACAUCCCAGGAAUGAAGCAGAGCGGUUUGGGCCGAUGGGACGUGACAGGAGCGCUCCAUCUUGACUUUUCGAGAAGUCAGUUUUGUUUUUACGCGGAACAAACGCCCACAGUGGAAUCAGGCAGGGAUGAAUCGGAUGAAAUUUUCCUCCGAGGAGUUGCGCUCUCUGCCGCCGAGACCACCGGCUUCUCCAAAGAGACGGUUCGUCAGGCUGGGGAGGAAGACAAGUGAUGGCUCUCAGCAAUCAGCUUCAUCCACCGGCAGUUCGUCCACCGGCAGCCAUCAAACCAUCAGACAGCCCAGCAAGAGCCGCAUCCGUCGCCAUACCAACCGCCUCUCAGGUGUCUUCCUCCGCAGUCCGGCCUCCGCCUCCAGCUCGGGCUCCAUGGCUCUGACGGCAGGUCUCAGGUCGUCACUGUCGGUCCAAGCCAGGAAGGGAAGCAUGACCUCUGCGGAUGCUUUAAUUGUGGACGACCCGUCUGAGCUGUCCAAUCAGAUAACUGCUCCAGGAAUCCUGAAGAUCUUUGGGAAUGAAAUCUGCGAAGGAGCUCACUAUAAGAGCGUCCUGGCCACGACACAAUCCAGCGCAAAAGAGCUGGUAAAAGAGGCCCUGGAACGGUAUGGUCUGGGCAAAGAAGAAGCAGAGUCCUUUGUACUAUGCGAUACCAUCGGCUCGAUUGGUGGGAAUCAGUGGAGGACGGAGGGGUUUAGAGUUGUCGGCGACAACGAGAAACCCCUCCUCCUGCAGUCGCUGUGGAAACCCAGAGAAGGUCUGGCAAGACGGUUCGAAAUCCAGAGGAGGAGCUUGGUGGAGGAGAAGACAUCCAAAGACAAAGACACCAUCACCGCUGGUAUCAAUGCCCAGGCUCGGAAGCUGCAGAAGAGCCGCUCCCGAGUGACCUCCACCCUCAUAGACAGAACAGGUCGAAGCCACAGACUGUGGAGGAGCAAAAGCGAGAUGGACCUCUUAGAUUCUGAUACCAAACAGGACACAGAUCGUGACAAAUGUAUCAAGAAUCCAAGCCUGAAGGAAACCUCGCCGCAGAGCUGCGAGCGCCCCGAAACGAGCCCAGAACAGAGUCGCAUUCACAGCCUCGCAGUUCCCUCCGAGGGGUCGCAGGCCAAAACAGAGCUCCUCUGUCCGCCAAGGCCGAGGGGUGAGCGGGAAGGAGAGGAGUCGGAGAGGGAGGAGACGGAGAGCAGCGACGAUAACACCACACAGUACUCCAUUCACCCUCCUCACGACUGUCCAUACCUGCUGCUGCUGCAGGGCUGCAGCCCCGCACAGGAUUUUGUCAUCUAUCUACUCGUGGGGCCAAAAAUUGUAAUAGGACGGCAAAGUGAUCAUGAGGACGGGUCAAAGCCAGACGUUCUCCUCUUCGCUGCCGACAUCCUUCCGAGACACUGCUGUUUCCAUCGCUGUGGCGUUGGCGGUCCCACAAUGCUCUGCCCCUGUCAGGAUGCAGUGGUCACGAGGAACGGUGAAGUCCUGACGAAAGAAUCACAGCUUAGUCCUGGCGACGUUAUCGGGCUGGGACAAUUCUACCUGUUUCUUUUCAAGGAUCCCUUAGCUUUGAUGUACAAGGAAGCGAACAGUGUUGCUCCUGAGUCCAGCUUGUCCACAGUCCCCUGGAUGCUGGGUCACACCUCUACAACAAGCCAUACCACAAACAUGAUUCUCUGCAACACCUGCAUCUCGGCCUGCACUGACCUCCAGAGGCUGAGCUGUAAACAGCCCCUGAACACAGACCCUCCAUUUUUAAAAUCACCCGAGGGCCACAGCCUGACUCUGAACUACAAGACAGAGGACGAGGAUCGCAUCGUCAAGGAGAUAGUUGUCAUGGGAAACACCGGAGGCAAAGACAGACCACCACUGACUACAGCUUUUUUGCUGUGCAUGUGUGUUCAGUAUUCGUCAACAUGUCUGCAAACAUCAGACCUGCGAAGGCUCCUGCUGCUUAUAGCUGGUGGAGUUCAGAGCGCCAUGUGGGAGCACACAAAGGAUCUAGCUGCCGUUCAGCCUGAAGUCGUCAGUGGCAAAGGCUCAAACUCAGAGGACCUUCAUCCUCUCAGCCUGUAUGAGUUGAUCUCAGGACUGCGCCCCCUGGUGGUGUGGAUGUCCAACAGUCUGGAGCUGCUGCAGUUCAUCCAGUACCAGCUGCCUCUGAUCCUGGAGUGGAGAACCAGGAAGGAGCAGGGUCAGGAGGAGGAGAGGGAAGACGAUGAGAGCAAGGAGAGCUUAGCCCUGUUGGAGCUUCGUCUGUCCUGUGUCCGUUCGGCCAGUGAGGAAACGAUGGCAGUUCUGGAGGAGGUCAUCAUGCUCGCCUUCCAGCAGUGUGUUUACUACAUCACCAAGGUCCUGUACCCGAUCCUACCUGGACUCCUUGACUGCAACCCGUUCAGGGAGAGUCCCGACCAGCAGGUGACUGACGAGAGCACUGUGAUCCUGGGCAGCAGUGGACUCCAGGUGCCCCGUGAGAUCCAGCAGGUUGUAGAAGUCCUGAACAAGGCCUGGGUACUUCUGUCAGACUGUCAGCUCCAUCCAGAGAUUUCCUCUCAGCUCAUUGGCUACCUCUUCUACUUCAUCAAUGCAUCGCUUGUCAACUCACUCAUGGAGAGAGGCUCAGAGCCAGGUUUCUACCAGUGGUCCAGAGGCGUGCGAUUGCGGGCCGGACUUGACUUGAUCCUGGACUGGGCCCAUGCAGUCGGACAAGGAGAACUGGCCUUGGAGCACACGCACACACUGUCAUCAGCCAUCAAUCUGCUGGCCACGCCCAGGAAGAAUUUACUGCAGACGUCGUGGAUAUCCCUGCGGUCAGACUACCCGGCCCUGAGGCCAGCACAGCUGAACCACCUCCUGAGUCUGUACAGCCCCGGGUCUCCCUGCAGACACACAUGGACUCCAUCACUACAGGACGAAGCAUCAGCACAUAAAACCGCUGAUAUCCUGGAGAGUUUUGACACCCAUCAUCCUCUGGUGCUGCCUGACGGUGGUUACCAGUUCCAACUGGCGAGGGCAGUAAGAGAUUCAGCCCUGAGGGAACAGCUGGACAAGCUCAAAGAGUUUAUUCCCUCUUUACCUGAGCCACAGUCCACUGAGGUCACAGCUGCUGGAGAGCACCAGAGUGGUAUCUCCCUUCAGGCAACUGUCCAAAACCCGUCCCCUUCUACAACUCCUGCUGCCUUACCUCCGUCACCCCCAUCACCACCCUCUCCUUUCUCCACCCAUUACCUGGAUGAGUUCAGUUCUUGUGGUGCCUUGCUUUUGUCCCAAAAACUAAGAAAUCUGGAGGUGCAGACCAGAGAGUCGGAGACUGGAGAGAUGAGGAGGUCAGCUCUGGACCCGUCCUGCCUCCUCACCCCACCCAACACCCCCCUCAUUAUGGACCCUGUCGAAAGGGUAAAGGCAGGACAGGAUAAAUGGAUAGAUGCACAAGAUGAAGGUGGAUUAGUGUUUGAAUGUCUGGCUGCACUGAAAGUGGACCGUUUGAAAUCGGACUGCCACAGUAUGAAAAAAAUUGUGGAACUAAAAGAGGAAGAGGAGGAGGAGGAGGAGGAGCAGGAGGAGGAGGAGGACGACCAUUACGAUGACAACAAUGAUGAGGUUUUUAGCUUGGAACUGGAGCGAGGUGAAAGAGGACUCGGUCUUGCUCUGGUUGACACAAGGGACACCUCCAUGAGGGUGAAAGGCAUCUUCAUCCGUGCAGUGGUCCCAGACUCUCCUGCAGCCCGGUGUGAGAAGCUGGCACCAGGAGACAGGAUCCUGGCUGUUAAUGGAAUCAGUCUGCUCGGACUGGACUACCACAGUGGGAAGGAGCUGAUCCAGUCAUCAGGUGACAGACUGAGGUUACUCGUAGCCAGAUGUGAUUGGAUGGCGAAAGUUAUACAGACAGAAUGCUGACUGCAUUUUUCUUUUCUUUUUUUAAACUGAGAGGCUGUCAAAGCACCACAAGCGCACUUAAAUCUGACUAAGAGAACUUGUUGCAGGGUAUGGACCUUUUAAGACGUGUUUGUUGAGAAGACAAAAAUGCACUAAGAAAUUAGCUUCAUCCUGGUUUAAUGGAGCACCAGGUUUUAGAUGCUCAGUGUCAUUUUACAGCUUUAUAAUUACAUUCUAAUAGCAUAAUUGUAAUUAUGGAUGAUGCAGUGUUCUGGGGAACAAGGCAAUUUGAUUUUAGCCUAAAUUUGUUUGGUUUGUUGAGUCAGGGUCAGCUUCAGACAUCACACAUCGUUUUAUAAUUAGUUUUCUGGACACCACUGUUCAAAGCCUUUAACAUACUGCCUUCAUGGAGGUCUCACAUUAUCACAUUAUCAUGACAACAACGUGACAACAUUGGUUGUCAGUCCUUUUCUGUGCUCCCCAAAACAGCAAAAACAGCUAGAAAUGACCAACUGUUUUCAAGAAACACCCUAUAAAACCAAUCACUUAUGGUGCUAACGUUAGCUUGGUUAGCUGGCUGGCAUCAAACUUAGUUUUUUUUAUUCGUUAAAGAAUGACAAGUGAAUAGGUUUUUUGACAACACAGGACACAGCACUGCAGCAUCGUGAAAAUAGGGGAACCACAAUUUAACCAGUGGAUAAAAGUACUUGCUGCUGAAAUCACUGCAACUCUACCUAUUUUGUCAUUUGUAUUUUUAAAACGUAACACGCAUCAACUGAGGCCUAAUGUCGCUGCCAUUCUUAAAUUUAAAUUUUUUAUUAUUAUUAUUAUUAUUCAUCAUCAGGGUGAAAUGAAUGGAUUUGUGUUUUUGUUUAAUGUUGUUUAUAAGCAUUGGUCUGACUGUCAAAUGAAAGAUGAAACUUAAAAAAAUAUUGUCACAUUUUUGUGUCUUCAUUGGCCUCUUGGCUUCUUUUCCUGAUCUUGUAUUUUACUGGUCAUUGAAAAUGUGUCCACCAAUUUAUUUUUCCUUUACACUGUGGUCCUGAUUGCAUUGUUGUCAUUGUUAUUAUUUUACUAAUUCAUUUUUAUUAUUUUAAUGUUUUUCUGUUGUGUUUCCACAAUAAAUACAUUGUAAUCCUCUA